CUCAGAGCCUGUUCCCAAAUGGAUGGACUAGCUCUACCCCUCUUGCAGGCUAAAUUAUUUGUUCAUUUAUUUCACUGUCUUUUGCAUUGAAACAUACCAACCACUCAAAUCUAUGAAGCUACUGGCUCUAGAUUAAUUGGUUUUCUUUGCCUUAAUAUUCAGCCAAGGUUUUUGCUUUGCAUAGUAGUGCUUUUGAUUGCAUCAUGGUGAAGAUUGGAGGAAGUUCUUGGCUCAACGCAGUCAAAAGGGCUUUCAGGUCUCCAAGUAAAGAGAAUGAUAAGAAAAGUAGUAGAAGGAGAGAAGUUCAUGAACAAGAGGAGGAAGAAAAGAAGAGAGGGACAAGAAGAUGGAUUUUCAGGAAGUCAUCGAAUCAAGAAACAGUAAUAUACCAUUGUGGAGUGACCACCGUCACUAACAUUACAGCAACCACCAAUCCUGCUUCUGCUGCUAGUAAUAGUAUUGGUAUUGAAGCUGCUGAUGCUAAGCAUAGACAAGCCCUUGAAGCGGCCAUGGCCACAACAGCAGCGGCACAAGCAGCAGUUGCUACAGCUCAAGCAGCUGUUGAGGUUGUUAGACUCACCAGGCCUUCCCUUCUUGCUAAACAACAUUUUGCUGCCAUUGCUAUACAAAAAGCUUUUAGAGGAUAUCUGGCAAGGAGAGCUCUUAGAGCACUAAAGGGGCUGGUAAAGAUGCAAGCCUUAGUGAGAGGCCAUAAUGUUAGAAAGAGAGCAAAUAUGAUUCUUCAGUGCAUGCAAGCUAUGGUGAGGGUGCGGGUGCUUGAUUCCUAUGAAGGCAGCACAAACUCCAUCUCCAGUGAUCAGAAUAGCUUGUGGGGUUCAAAUCUUGCUGAGAGGAAAUCUACUUGUAGGGAUGCAAGCAGCACUGCUGAUGACUGGGUUCAUUGCAAUAAUUACAAGCCUAAAACAUUAGAGGAAAUACAGGAAAUGUUACAGGAAACAAAGGAAGUAGUCGCCUUGAAACGUGAAAAGGCCCUUGCUUAUGCUUUCUCUCAACAGAUAUGGAAACCUGGAAGAGACUCAUAUGCAAGUGAAGGAGAGGUAGAAGAGAAUCCCAGAUGGCUAGACACGUGGAGAACCAGGAAGGAAUGGGAGAGAAGAGGGAGCGGUGCAUUGUGUGAUCAAUUAUAUCACAGUAGGGACCCUGUCAAAAGUACUGUUGAAAGGGACACCUCUAGACCUUACUCCUACUCUACCCCGAAUGCUCAUAAAUUCAAUCAUCAAUAUCACUACCAGCAGCACAGGCCUAGUUCAUAUUCAGUUGCCUCUCCUCUUCAGAAAAACCACAACACUCUCUCACAACCAGUCACACCAUCCCUUUCCAAAACAAGAGCACUACUCCAAGUCCAUUCAGCUAGCCCUCGCUGCCUAGGAGAAGGCAGAAACUAUGUGAUGGAAGCAACCAAUCCUUCUUCUGCUUCAAUGCCUAACUACAUGGCUGCCACUGCAUCUGCCAAGGCUAGAAUUCGAUCACAAAGUGCACCAAGGCAGAGAGCUUCAACCCCAGAAAGAGAAAAGUCAGGUUCAGCCAGAAAACGCCUGUCUUUCCCAGUACCUGACCUGGCAACUAGCAAUGUGGGUAACAUGGUUAACGAUUAUAGCCUGAGGAGUCCAAGUUUGAAGGGCAUUCAUGGACAUGUCUUCUUGUUACACAGACAGCAUCGAUGAUGAGGUAUAUCCUCCUUCAGCUAAUGAUCUUAUCAGGUGGUUAAGGUAAAGCCAAUAUUUGCAGGGUAAGAAAAGGGGUGAAUUAUCUUUUA